AUGUUAGCUGCCAAUUCAGAGAAAGGUUCCCACGAUGGAGCUGCACAGACCUGCAGUCGAGACAUUACCGGGCCUGGAUCCCCGGUGCCUUUACCACCUCUACGCCCGAAGCCAUCUUCUCUCUCAAGGCCUCGGUUCAGUCUGCCCCCCAUCCUCAGAAAUGUCCCUUCUGACAGACCUUUAUCAGUGCUGGAGCUCCCUCGUCUCAUAGCCCAGGUCGGACCUGAGAGAGCCAUAGGGGACACAAAAUGGACUGAAGGACCUCGACUCGUGGCCUCAGCUUUAGGGACCCACCUCCCUAUCAGAGCUCCUGAUGAGUCCACAGCACAGAGUCUUGCAGAGAAACAUGAAUCGAUAAAAGUCUCGACAUGUAAGGAUAAAAAGCUAACGAGUCUGAAAAAUGGGAAAGCAACCAAAACAAAUAAAGUUCCUCUCAGCGGCACAGAGGUAGUUCGUGUCUCUGCCAAGAGAAGAGACCUGGGAGAGCUGGAGCUUUAUUACCUGAAGGAAGAGCAGGCACAAUCAAACAGACCCUAUGACCUGCGAGUGGUCCGUUCCAGUGAAGCUGGCUCUGAGCAUUACAUCUUCUCUUCCAGUUCUGUGCUGCAUGUGACGGAGAGAGGUUAUGGUGGACUUGUCAGUCUGGCUGAAUGGUACAGAGAAUAUGUGUCGUGGAAAGCUUUGCAGGAAAUCCCCUUUUUCCGAGACUUUAGACUGCACAAAGCUUUCACCAGGUGGCAUAGAAAUGUGCGUAAAAUCAUCUUUCGACGCAAGUGUAAAGAUCUGCAAGACAUGCUGCUUAUAGCUGUGCCUCAGUUCAGAAACGCUCUCCUUCUGUUCACCGGGAUGAUUGAAGAAGUGGAAGCGACCCAUCAGCUUCCCCCGGAGGAGAAUAAAACCUACACGCUGCUGGAAUUCAAGAAUGUGCUGACGACCCUGAAUCAGGAGUGUCGGCAGACAUUGGAGAAGUUGUCACAGUAUCGCGCUGUCAUCCUAAAUGAGGUGAAGGAGUGCAGCUACAAGGCCCAUCAGGACCUGCAGCUGCACCUGGAAUACGCUCAAAAGAAUAAAUGCUACGAAGCCAUACACCUCCACCAGGCUCACCAGCAGCAGCUGGAGGCACAGCUGGCCCGGUCUGAAAGCAUCGUACAGAAACUGGGAAACUUUGCUGCUUUGGUUAAUCACAUGACGGUGCAGAGUCUCGUCUCCAUCGUUCAACAAGACGUCUUUUGUUUUCUGCACAAGGUUCUGAAGAGGAGUACAGCUGAGCCGUGCUGUGUCUUCCUCACUGAGCUGUGUUGUAGCGCUGACAGCCGGCUGACCGUGGACCCUCCGACACGUCUGCUCCACGAAGCUGCGAGAGAAGCUCUGCUGGCCGUCGGCGACUCUGUAAUCCAGAUGUGUGACACUUGUGGUUUCUUCCUGGAGAUCAGCAGCCCCUCUGAUGCUGCAGAUUCCCCCUCAGCCUCCACUUUCUCAUGUAUUUAAUCCGCAGCACAGAAUAAAAACCGUGAUGGAAUAACUGGACGCAGACAGUUUUGCUCCUGGCAGCUGCUCAGAGACACGUCAGCUCGCUGGCUGCGGCACAAACACCCCGUGCUCAUGGUGCGAGGUAGCAGGCUGCAAGGCUGCUACUACCCGCUCCCCAAGGAGCAGCUGGAGUGGCACAUCGCCAUCAACAACGCUACAGAACAAGCUGAGGAAGAGCAGGCCAAGAUCAUGCAGGAAGCUGAACUAGAAAUCCAGCAACUGUGUGAGAGCUUCUCGUGGUUGGUGGACGUCCAUCUGUUCAUUAGCCGAUGGAGCGGAGCCUCUCUGGACUCCAUGAAGGGUCAGCCUGCGUCCCUGUAUGAGCAGCACAUGAAGAAGAUACACCGCUGGACCCAAAGCCUCUCCACCGUCCCGUCAUCAGUGUCCACCUCCAACCAUCUGCUCAUCGUCCAGUGCUCCUGCCUGAAGGGACGUUUAGUGCAGCAGCUGAGGCUCAUUGAGGAGGAAGUGGGAGAGCAGCUGGUGGAGCAGAUACAGCUGCACACUGAAAGCAUCACAUCAGACCUGGAGACGACUUCUGCUCAGCUCAAGACACAACCCAGAGACUUACACAACCUCUCAAAAUACGCUGUGAUGAUGAGGAAGUCUGUGGAAAUGUUGGCUGACGUGCAGAAACGUUUGCAGUACAUCCGCUCGCUGCAGGACGUUGUUUCCUUCAACUUCAGGAAAAUGACUGAACAGGAAGCGACUUUGGAAGAAAAGAUGCUGGCCUUGUGGGAUUCCUUUAUUCCCCUCUUGAAGCGAGCAGAUCACAUUGUGUGCUGCCGUCUUCCUUCAAUGGUGAACGCUUUGGACUCCAUGUUCUCCUUCUUGGCCCGUGACCUUCAGGAUACGAUCUCUGCAGCUACAUCUGGACCCUUCCUUGACCCGGCACAGAAUGCAAAAGAGAUGCUCUCCAAACUGAACCACACGUGUGUCCACGUGCAGAAUCUCAAUGCAAAGCUGGAACGACUUAGUAGAGACAGUCAAAACCUCCACGAACUUCCUUUGGAUUUUACCAUUUUGACAGUAGAAGUUCAGAAGGUCAACGCCCGUAAAGAGUUGUGGGAGAUUAUAGCUGUGUACACAACAUGGAUGGAAGAAUGGAAACAGCUGCUUUUCACUGAGGUGGAGGUGUCACAAGCUCAGGGGGAAAUUGCGAAGUGGAAGGAGCAAACUGUAUCUCUAACAAGUAUCAUACCUACCCACGAUGCAGUGCUGCAGGAGACUUUAGGAAUCCUGGAAAGCUUCAGCCUUCAAGCUGCAGUCAUGGCCAGACUGCAGAGCCCCACACUCAAACAUAGACACUGGAGAGCCAUCUUCCAAGGCACGGGGCUACUGUAUGUCCCAGAGAAGAAGGUGACUGUUGCUGAACUGCUCUCUCAACUACUUGAAGUUGACCAGAAACUAAUUACCAAGGUAUGCAGCGAUGCACAAGCAGAGUAUAACAUGGAGCUAACCUUCCAGAAGCUGCGACAGGGAUGGAAAGCUAGACUCUUCCAGCUGAGUAGGUUCACUCUGCCUGUUUGGCAGCAUCGUGAGCCACAACAUGGAGUCACAGAGACAGAGACAGAGCGCACGGUUUCAAAUCUGCAAACUGCCCGUCAACACUCCAGUAAUGAUCCAAGACUCACCGUCGUCGGUUUGGAAAUACACUUUGCUGAGAUAGAGAAUGAUUUGAUGGCUCUGUCCACCAUGUUGAAGUCCCCACACAGUGUUGAGUUCAGGCUGCAGAUGGAAGAUUGUUUGCAAUUACUGCAAGAUCUGGGGAAGCUACUUUAUUCAUUCCAAAGAUACCAGCAAGUGUGGGCCUUCCUGACCAAGAUGUUCCAUGAAACAUCCUUUAGUGUCCAGAGAGAGGAUCUGCUGGAGCGAUUCCGACCAGUUGAUGAGACAUUUAAGGAAAUGAUGCGCUCUGUCUCAAGUAACUCUCAUGUGUUGAACUUUGUUCAUUCCAAGAAGACGAAUGACAGAUUUCAUGGUAAAAGCCUUCGCCAGAUUCUCAGUGAUGGUCUUUCUACAAUGGAGACCAUUUCCAGCCAGAUGGUUGAUCUCCUGAAGACGCUCUGUGAACAGUUUCCAAGACUCUGCUUCUUGAGUGAUAGGGAAGUGAUACAACUUCUCUCCUUUCAUCCAACGCCUCUCACACUGCAAACCUUUGUACGCAAAUGCUUUAAAGGGAUAUGUUGGCUCGAAGUGGAUCGUGAAGUACCAUCUAAUACAGGAGGUGUAAAGAGCGGUGGGGUUACAGCUCAAAGCCACAGACAGAGGAAGGUGCUGGGGUUUUUCGGCAGCCUCCAGGAGCACAUAAUCUUUCCAUCUCCUUUGGAACCAAAUCUCAAUGCCUUGGUUUGGCUUUCUGUCUUUGAGAAACAAGUAAAGUUGACCAUGGUGCAGCUCAUGAAACAAUGUGCUGUUGUGCAAAACAAGCUUGAACCAUCCAGUGAAGUCUUGGCAUGUGAUGAAGAAGUUAAUGACAUCCUGUUCCACAUUGCCCAAAGGAGGAAGAUUGCUCUUCCUGUGCUGGAUCUUCUGUGUGAAUAUCCUCUUCAGUGUCUGCUGGUGGCACAGGAGGCAGUUUGGUGCAAGGCUGUUCUACAAGCUUUCCAAGAAUCAAGCCCAGUGAGGCUGAGCAACUUAAAGGCAUACAACUCUGCAAAACUAAAAAACCUUGGCUGUUUCAUAAGGGAUGGAGUCACAGGGGCUGAGAGGGAUUCUCUGGUUUCUAAGUACAUGAUGAUGUGUCUCCGUGCUUUAGUGCAUCUUACAAUGAAGCAUGCACAGCAGCUGGCUCGACUCAUGGAGGUGCAGAGUGUGCCGGAGUCGUCUUUUGAGUGGCUAAGUUUUAUGAAGUAUCAUAUAAACUUGGAUGAUUUGAGUGUGAAAGGCAAUGAUGAUCCGUCAUGUUGCGUGGAUGUUUUGGGCCAUCGACUCCAAUAUGAUUAUGAGUAUUUUGGUCCAGACGAUUGGAUGAUGGUGCAUACUCCACCCACAGAUCGAGCGAUGCUGGGGAUUCUCCUGGCUCUGACAAGCUACAGAUGUGGGUUUGUGAGUGGACCUUGCAUGUCUGGAAAGAAAGCAACCGUGGCCCAGUUAGGAAAAGCACUGGGACGACAGGUUGUCAAUAUGCAAUGUUGUCCAAGCAUGAGACCCGGUGUUGUUCAGCGGAUGCUGUUGGGUGCCCUCCAGACUGGAACAUGGCUUCUGCUGAACUCUGUGGAAUUACUACCACAAGGGGUCCUGUCAUCACUGGGGCAGCAUCUAUUAGAUAUCCACCAAUCCUUCUUGGAGUUCAUAAAGAAUAAGAAUCAAAGAGCUAAUGCGGAGCCAAAGGACAGGACUGCUGACGGGGUCACAGCUUGCCAAAACCUUGAUUCAGAAUGCCAUAUGGUACUUGCAGGGAAAAGCAUUUCUGCUAGUCUAAGCUAUGGAUGUGUCCUCAUCUCAUCAAAGGGGUACACAUCUGAGGUUCCAGAGAGACUGCGAUGUGCCACCAGACCCAUUGCGUUAACCCAUCCAGAUUACAGGAUCAUUGCAGAAGUAAUGCUGACUUCCAUUGGUUUCUCAGAGGCCGUGUGUUUAAGUCGACGUCUGGUGGCCCUCAUCAGCCUGGCCAAGGACUCCCUCUGUCUGCCGUAUUUCAUCACUGACGACCAGAGCUGCUAUCUUGUCAUCUUGCAAAAGAUUCUCACCGGCUCUGAAAUACACUUACAACAAACUGUAAGGCAACGAGAAAUUUCCGAUGAGGCUAAAGGAGUGGCUGCAGAACAAACUGAUCCUGCGCCUUCACAAAAUGUGUCUGCCAGAGAAGAAAAGGAUAGAAAAGACACUGAAAGGCCUUCCAGGUCGCACAGUUCUCAUUUGUCGAUGAUACAGGGAUUAAUGGAAGAGACAGCCAUUGUCAAAGCGAUUCUUUCUGUCUUCGUACCCGUUCUUUCAGAGCACAAGAAAGCCUCACAGUUCUACAACAUUUUCAAGGACACAUUCCCUAUAGCAUGCCAGUUUCCUCUUUACCAACAGCACAUCGAGGAAGAAGAAAAGAUUCAACUGAAAGAUGCAGUUACAGAAGAAUUACAAAGGAAGCGGUUUCACUCGGACACUGAACUAAUUAGCAGAGCUCUUACACUCUACCAGACUGUGAAAUCCUCUCAGGCAGUUAUUCUUAUAGGCCCCUCAGGUAGUGGAAAGACAACCUGUUACUGUGCUCUAGCUGGAGCACUCAAUCAUCUGGCUGCCAAGGCUGUGGAAUAUGUGAUUGAAAAUGACGAUAUGAUUGAAGGAGAUACCCCACAGGCUGAGCCACAGAUCUCUGCUGCCAGCUGGAACUCUGUUGACACUGUGGUCUUAUUUCCUAACGCCAUGUCCCAUGAAGAGCUUUUUGGCGGCCUCUGUGAAAAGAGAGGAUGGCAAGAUGGAGCUUUUGGAAAGGUGCUGAGGGAUUCAGAACGACUGGAAUCAACACGUUCUACAAUCUGCAACAAGAUACACAAAUGGCUGGUAAUGGAUGGGAAUCCUGUGGGGAAGCCCGGCUGGUUAGAUUUCUUAACGACGAUGUGCAGUCCUGAGGACCCAUUUCUGUGCCUGUCAUCAGGGGAAACACUGCCAUCCCAAUCACACGUUAAGCUGCUUAUGGAGAUCACUGACCUACGUGAUGCGAGUCCCUCUACAGUGACCCGUUGCAGCCUCGUGUAUUUCACAGGUAUGGAUCUGUGGAAGGCUGUGUGGAAGAGUGAUAUGGAUGCUCUCUCUUUGGAGCACAAACUGGAUCAAGGAACCUUGGAAAUGUGGAAUCAUCUGGCUGAAGAUCUUUUCUCCAGUACUCUUAGUGCUUUAACCUCUGAAAUCUAUAAAGAAGGAGAAUCUCUUAAAAGUGUCAUUCAUGGACUUCAAGAAAUCACGUCUUUUGUUCGGAUCCUUCGCGCUUUCCUCCAGCAUUUUGGGAAGGAUGUGGAAAAAGCUGAAGCAAUACCACAAAUAAACAAAAGAGAUAUACCUCUGAGCAGAACUAGUCCCCACACUAAAGGAGACCUGCUGGCCUGGAACAUGUUUCUGGUGGCUUAUAUUUGGGGAUUUAGUGGACAUCUGCAUCCCCGCCACUGGCCACAUUUCGACUCACUAGCCCGUCAAGUGCUGUUUACUUGCCGUUACAAAAUUGUGGUUCCUGAUGAAGAGAGUGUGUUUGAAUACUUUUUUAACAUCGACAGCAAGAUAUGCCCCAAGAACACACUGCUGACAAAGUCCAUCCCUCCCAAGUAUGGGAACUAUGCAUAUCUCCUGAACCUCAUGUUGGAGGCAAACCAGCCAGUGUUGCUCGCAGGAGAGCCCGGUUCUGGAAAAACCACUCUGUGCAAAACUUUGCUGAGUUUUAACAAGCCGCACAUUAGCCUCCCAGCCAGUCCACUCCUGAGCUACAGAGACCUGCGCACCAUACUGAAUACCAUCAUCUGCAAGAAGAACUGUGAAGAUGCUCUGGGUCCCUUCACAAAACAGCCAGGACUGCUUCUUUUUGUGGAUGAUUUGCAUGAAGCCCCCUGUGAUGUCUUUGGGAAGAAGUCAACUGCUCUAGAGACGCUACGACAGAGUAUCUCCAUGGGACAGAUUCUAACAUUUGAUGCCGACCACUUCAAGAUAUUGAGCGCUGCGACCAUCAGCUACAUGGCUACCUGUUGUGUCUUCGGUUCAGGCAAUCACCUCAGUAAAGUCAUGUCCUCCAGGCUCUCGCGUCUGUUCUCCAUCUUUGUGCUCCCCAGCCUAUCUCUGGACGUUAUAUUCUCUAUCCAUUCUCCUCGGCUAAAAAUGUGGCUCAGAGAAAUGCCACUAAAGCAGAGUGGUGAGGAUAUGGCGUGUUGUAUCAUCACGGCAACUAAACAUCUGUAUCAUGCAGUGCGUGAUCUCUUCCAGUCUACGGCGCAGAGGCCCCAUUUCAUAUUUUCCCACCAUGACCUUCAGAAGGUGUUCAGGGGGAUGUGUCUGUGGCAGCCUAACACAGGGACAAUGCAGAAGAAAGAGUUUUCACAACCAGGCUUUCUUCCAGUCCUGCUAGAGUCUGCAUCAGUCCUUAACAUUGCACAUCUCUGGAUGCAUGAGUGCAUGCGUACAUUCGGUGACAGGUUGUGCUCAGAGGAUGAAAGCAAAACUCUGGUGUCACUCAUAGCCAAGACAGCAACAACACACUAUGGAAUACGAUUGGUUGAUACAACCCAGCCUGUCGGUUUGGACGACCCACCCACAGGCACAAGCCUUGCUGUUCACACACUACCCGUGCACACAUCAGGCACCUGUAAGCCAAUAGGUACAAUAAAUCUGCCUCAAGAGUCGAAACCAGUCGGCCAGUCAGACCUGAAGAAAGGCCAUUCAUUGACUGAACCUUCCCUUCUGUCUGGAAACAUUUGCCCAGAAGAAGCAAGCCUAAAAACUCACCCUCUGCAGCCGCAGAUUCUUCAGCACAUGGAGGACAUACUGGCUACGCUUGUAUAUAGUCCGGAGCUCUCUGAGGCCGCAAUGAAUCAGCAACACAAGUUUAAACAUAGCUCUUAUCAGGACCGAGACCUGGAGGUACUACUAAAAGAGCUGAGUGCUCUAGUUGACAGAAAAAAGGAAGACAAAGGACAGGAAGUUGAUAAUGACAUUACAACCAGAUUCAUUGUCCACAGACAGAGGGUGCGUCAGCUGUUGCACAUCCUCAGGUUGUUGCUCACACCUGGAGGUCACGGAGUGCUGAUUGGCUCACACACAGGCACAGGCCGUAAAACCACUGUGCGUUUAGCUGCCUAUGUGACUGGCUACCAGUUGAUGGAGCUGCAUCCUGGUAAUGAGAAUAAGUUGCAUGAAAUCCUAAAAGAAGCUGGGAAUCAAACCAGAGUGGACGGAGUUAAUGUGCUCAUACUGGUCCAUGAAGGAAUCAGCCAACCUGUCAGAGAGGAACUGCUGGUGGCGAUGUCUCACCGAACAUACCCAGGACUCUACACGGAUGAGCUGCGACAUCUGGUUUCCAGAGUGACUGCUGUGAGGAACUCACGACGAUACCUUAUGGACAGUUGGAUGUGUGAGAAGUACUCGAGACAAAUCCACAGACAUGUGCACGUGUUGCUGCUGCUUCCCUUCACGAUGACGGACAUCAGGGAGGAACCUGGAUGGAAUGCACAACUGACCAAAGCCCUGAGCCUGAGCUGCUGUGUGGAACUUUACCAGCCUUGGUCCAAACAGUCUUUAGUGGAAGUUGCUGCUCAACACCUCAAAACCAGUACCCACAAAAGUGAGUGACACACCAGAGUUAACGGCCUUUCUGUGGCGAUGGCAGGAAUCCAUGGAUCUGCAUGUCAGUAUGCUUCUGUGCUUCUCGGCACUCAGCCUUUCAGCCCUCAGACUUAUAUGGAGUUAAUUGGCCACUUUGGUUUCCUCUGCAACCAGAUGCACGAGCAACAGCAGAGCCGAGCCAACAGACUUGCCUCUGUUCUGUCUCGUUUGGAUGUUAUGAACACCACAGCUGUGCAGCGCAAACAGCACUUAAUGAUGCUGCAAGAGAAGGUUUCUGAGACGCAGAAGCGUGAGGAAGAGCUCCUCAGAUCGGAGGAUCACCAGAGGAGGCUGCUUGAGGAAGCACAACAGAAAUGUGCAGCAGAGGAGAACAAGCUGUAUCACCUGGAGGAGCAGAUCAAUCAGAAACAGGUGGGACCUGUGCUCCUGUCGGGCCUGAAGAUUGUUGAUUGUCUGAAUCCCUCUGACCUGGAAGAGGUGCGGCACUACAGAGAUCCCCCUGACGGGGUGGUGAACAUCAUGGACGCCAUCUGUUUGCUGUUCAAUCGUCCACCAGGCUGGGAGAAUGCCAAGCAGCUUCUCGGACAAUCCAACUUCUUCCAGGAGUUGGAGUUUUUUGACCGCUGCAGUCUGACAGCUGAGCAGCUACAGCAGCUCGCGCUCAUAGUUCACAGUCCUCAGUUUGUUCCAGAGUCCGUGCUCGAGGUGAGCCGAGCCUGCGAGUCCCUGUGUCGAUGGGUGCAGGCCGUGUACGAGUGCUGCCGUAUGCAACCGCAACUGUUGGUCAAGCGGCAAAUGGAGGCGCUGGCCAAAGAGGCGAGAGGUCGACUUCACCUGGCCAGGCUGCAGAUGGGGGACGCGAACCGCCGUCAGGAGGACGCAAAGCUUCAGCUACAGCUGGUACGAAGAGAACUGGAGGAGAAACUGCUGAGGCUGCACACAGCGGAGAGCGCAGAGAGAGAAGCUGCUACAGCUGCAGGGAAGUUAGAGACACAUGUCAGACACUGGAGGGCUGCGGCUCAGGAAGCAGAAUUAAGUAUUCAAAGCUCAGCGGGCGAUGCCCUCAUCCUGGCUGCAAUCAUCUCUUAUCUGGGCCCCUUUGGACCUGAUACACGCACAAAACUGCUGAGCAAGUGGAAGGAUCUGUGUCGGACCGGAAGCAUCAACAUGAACCCCAAAGACCCCAGAACCUCCCUGUUUACACACUCCGACGCCGUCGCUUCUCGUCCCCCUCUGGGUUUCCCCGUCCCCGUGUCUGAGAGGCUGCAGUUGCCUUUGGUUCUCCAGGACGCUGCACCUGCCAGGGCGCUCGUGCAGCUGCUGCUGUGGGGCUGCAGGAGGGCCGGGGUUCAGCGCUGGCCUCUGCUGGCAGACACCCAGCAACAUGUAGACACACGCUCCCCCAGCUGCCUCAUCACAGGAGAGAAGGCCACGCUGGAGCAGGAGGCCGAGUGUGUGACGGUGAUCUGUGCCGAUGAUCCACAUCUGCUGCACAAACUGGACCAGGCUGCGGAGGAAGGUUUGAGAGUCCUGGUCACUCACGUGGAGCGUGCGAGUCCCACUGCACAGCUCCUGCACAGAUGGUCUCGCCCUGCUGGAUGUCCAGGGUUAGAACAGCGAGUUCAGCCGGCCCACCCGGAGUUCUGCCUCUUCCUGAGCACCGACCUGCCGGUCCAGCUGCUUCACGCUGAGAUCGGUCCGUCCGUGUUGGCUCAGGUGUGUGUGGUCGACGUCUCUCUGAGCUCAGCAGAGAUCCAGGAGCUGCUGCUGACGCAGCUGCUGCAGGCUGAGGGCGACGCGCUGCUGAUGCAACACGUCCAGCAUCACAAACAGUCGCUGCAGGAGAGACUGAGCUCAGAGGAGGAUGCUCUGAUGGACUACAUCCUGCAGUCGGACACCGCCCUGCUGCAGGACUCUGCUUUUCUCCCCCGCGUGGCUGUUUGUCAGGAUGCAAUGGACACACUUCAGUCUGACAUCCGGCAGCUGAGUGAGGAGCUGCGGCACCACGAGUCCCUGCUGGCUGCGCCCCGACAGUUGAUGAGGCUGGCUGCUUCUUUGUACCAGGCUCUGCAGGAGGUGUCCCGUCUUUCCCCUGCCUACUACUUCUCCCUGCGUGGCUUCAUCGCAGCUAUGCGAGAGGCCUUUAUUGUAAAGGACAGGCCACUAGUGUCAUGUGCCAUCGGGAAGGUGCCACGGUGCAUCGUACCAGAGGUCACCAACCGCAUGGUGGCCCAGCUGCUGCUCCACUACAGGCCCUGUCUCUUCAGGAGCCAUGUGGCUGUUCUCGAGCUGCUGCUGUCUGCGGCUCUGCUCCAACACCAGCAGCUCUGCUCUGAGGCGGAGAGAGCGGCUUUCCUCAGGGGCCUUCACAACAUUCAACAUCCUGGCACUGACGUGAAGCCCUGCUCCCUUCCUCCCAUUGGCUCACAGUCCACCAGUGCACUGCCCAGCUGGAUACCGCCUCAUGUCCACCCAGAGCUCCUCCGCUUGGAGAAGAUCCCGUCCUUCAGAGGGUUGACUUCCUCUCUGUCCACCUGCCCCGAUCAGUGGCAGCAGUACCUGCACUUCCCUUCCUCCACUGUACUGGGGGCCGUUCCCUGUCGCUCUCACUCCCACCUGUCCCUGCUGCAGCGGGCGCUUCUCUGGAAGACCGUGCUCCCGAACUGCCUGGAGGGACUAGCUGAGGCGAUGGCCGUGUACCACGUGUGCCUGCCUGCACAGCCGGCAGGGAACGCAGAGGCCCUCUCACGGUGUCUUAGCAAACACGAGGGAGCCGUCAUCCUCACGCUGCCCGGUCGAACACGAGACCAGUGGACAAGCAUUCAGCCUCUUCACCUCAUACACACACUGGCCCAGUGUGUAGCAGAAACAAAGGAGUGUGUCUGAUGGUGUCAUGUGUUUCAGGUGAAAGUCAUUUCUUUAGAGGCUCCGUGUGACGGAGGACUCAUCCUCUCAGCGCUGCACGCAGCCGUCUCCGAAGGCCACUGGCUGGUGUUCAACAACUGUCACCUGCUGGAGCAAUGGGAGGGGGGGGUGCUGGCUCAGCUCACGCAGCUGAUGUCCUCUGGCAGAGGUGGGUGCUCUUUAAAUGCCACUUGUCGAAGCCGUCGCUUCAGACUGUGGUUCAUAACUCAAGAACACGCAUCAGGCUCCAUACCAGCGACAGUGCGAGCGCGUGCUCUGCCUCUGGUCUGUGACUCUCUCUGGGAUCUGAAGGAGCUGCUCAGCUGUUCCCUGCGACAGGUGGAGUCCGUCACACAGAGUCCAGCACCGCCAGGUGUCUCUGCAGACAACACGCAGCUCCUCCUGCGCUGUGCCGUCUUCCACUCUGUGCUGCUGCAGAGACAGACACAUCAACACGUCGGCCAAGGGAGAAUCUACAACUGGAGUCCAGAUGACCUCCUGACCUUGAUGGAUGCUCACAUGUGCAUUGCUAAUCGCUGCCACGACGAGGCUGAAGCUCUGCAGUACAUCGCAGUCAAUCUGGUGCACGGCGGCCAUGUGCUGGACUCUGCAGAUUUGGAGGUGUUGGACAGCGUCGCCAGGACGCUGCUGAGCAGAGAGUCAGCUCUGCGGGGGGGUGAGCUCCACGUGCUCUCUGAUGCCUCCAGCCUCGCUGCACACUGCGAUUUGUCAGAACUGCUGCAGAGUUUGGAGUCAGCGAACAUCGAUGUUCUGGGCUUCAGUGCAGAUGUGUCAGCUGAGACAAUCAAGACCAACAGCUUUAAUCUGAACAAACUACUGCAGGCCUCCCAAACUCCUCCAGGAACUCUGAGGACUUCCUCCUCAGAGCUGCAGCAGCCGGCCCACAGCCACGCUGGAGGCAGACUGCAGGCUCUGCAGAGUCUCCUCGCACACGGCAGCAGAGCCACAGACGCAGCAGCUGUUCCUCACCGUCCCCUGCGUGACUUCCUCCGGGCCGAGUGGGACGAUCUAAUUGAUUUGGUGUCCUCGCUCCUCUCACAGCUUCAUCACAGCGUGCCGACCUUUGCUGAGUUGUCCUGGUUGGAGAGGAGGGCGGAGUUGCUCGGUGCUUAUCUGUGGCACCACAACACUUCAGAUCCUGCCGGUGCUUACAGACUUUCUGCUUUCAGAAACGUCCCAGGCUUUCUGGUGGCACUGAGGAGGCGGGCUGCUCAAGUAAACCGCAAAUAUAUCAGUGACAUAGUCCUGCAUUUUCAGGUUCUGGGUGACGGUACAUACCCAGCCUCGCUCCCCCUGGAUGCUGUGUAUUUGUGUGGCCUGGAGUUGAGAGGUGCAUCAUGGGAUACGCAUCUGGGAGCCCUCCAGGACACGGUCUCUCUGCAGCCCAGCUCUCUGCCCCUGGUCUGUGUCAAGGCUCAAGUCAGGAGCACAGAUACCUUUAAGAGUUCACCUUUAAACGACACACCUGCUUCUCCCUCGCCGGCCUCGCAGCUCCCGCUCUACCUCUGCCCGCUCUAUGUGGAUGCCGCGCAGGAGAGCGGACACCAGGCCGAUGUUAACGUUGUCACUGUUCCCCUUCACGCCAAGCUAAGUCCUGUGUUGUGUACCUUGAGACGAGUGAGGCUGGUGAGUCUGCUGUGACGCUCCAGACUGAUGCAGAGAAACAUGUUGACUGAAGGAAGCUCCGGAUGAAGAUCUCUGAAUGUGUCUGUCUGUUAAAGAAGCGUAAUGUUUGAGGGUUUCUCAUUAAAAUACUUCACACAAUGACGAUUUCUAGCAUUUUUGUACGAUCCAGCUGAUCUGGAGACAGAGGCGUCACACAUUUAAUGACUUCAAACAUGACAGAAUCUAUCAUCUCGACCUCGACUUUAACACCAAUGACUCGUUGAAAUAAUAAAUACAAAUACUGGUUGUAUAAAAAGUCAGGAAUCAACUCUCUUCAUUCCUGAGUGACACUAGUUCCUCAGAUCCACUUUGUCUGAACCGAACAAACUGCAGGAGAGAAACAUGAAGCACUAACAUGACGUCACUGAGCGUCAGCUGGAAAAUAUGAUCAGAUAAUAUCGUCCUCGUGUGGUGGUCCACAGAUAACUGAUUACAGGAAACAAAACCUGCUCAGCUAAUGACGUACCGACGCCCUGCAAGACUUUAUACAUCAGCUGGUG